AUGUUACAUAGCCAUUCUGGUGCCAUGGCUGAGUUCAAGCACCUGGUGAUUGCCAAGUUCAAGGAAGGUGUGGUUGUGGAAGAACUGCUCCAAGGGAUGGAGAAGCUGGUCUCCGAGAUCGAUGUUGUCCAGUCUUUUGAGUGGGGAGAGGACAUUGAAAGCAAGGAAAUGAUGCGACAAGGGUUCACCCACGCCUUCAUGAUGACAUUCAAAAGCAAGGAAGAGUUCACUGUUUUCCAAACGCAUCCCAAACAUGUAGAAUUUUCGGCUACCUUUUCAGCUGUAAUUGACAAGGUUUUGCUCCUCGAUUUCCCCUCUGUUCUUGCCAAGCCGCCACCGGCCCGGCCCCGUCCCCGCCCCCGCCCCCGCCCCCGCCCCCGCCACCCUCACCACCUGCACCGGCACCGCACCGACGCCAGACCCAGCACUGGCACCGGCACCGGCAUCGGCGUGACCUGCCCAGACUAUUCUAUCCGGGAAAUAAGCAGCUUAGUUGUAUGUGUGUCAAUAAAUGUGCGGGUGAGUUUCUUUUAG